UCUGGUUCGGCUCUGGUUCAGGUCUGGUUCGGAGGGGGACCUCAGCUCCACGGGACUUGUGGAUCAAGCGAUGGAGUCCCCACCAGGCUCUGGGACGGUGCUGCUGCUCCUCGCUCUCUGCCUCAGCCUGGUCCCCGUCUGUUUCGGAGCCGCCAUUCCUGUUUCAUGUGACUCCAUCUACAAGGGUUUCGCUCAGUGUUUGCUCACACUUGGAGACAGUUUGGUGGAAACACAAAAAGACCAAAACACACAGGACAUUGAUGCAAUCUGCAGGUCCUGGAACGCGUUCCAUGUUUGUGCCAACUCGGCGCUGUCCGGCUGUCCUGGAGAAGCAGCAGCCGUCUGGGAGUCUCUGAGACAAGAGUCCAGGAAGACCCAGUUCUCCGGGAACCUGUACGACAUGUGUGCCAGCCGCACCACGCUGCCCCCCAGCACCGUGCCGGCCCCCCAGAGCCCGCCCACCUCGGACCAGACCAACAAGGAGACCCUGAAGGGGAGAACGAGCCAGCAGAGCUCCAGCUCCAGCGUCCUGCUGCUUCCUGUGUGCAGCACCGUCCUGCUGCUUCUCACCACUUAG